AUGGGCAAUUACAGGUUCAGAUUAUCAGACAUGAUACCAAAUGCUUGGUUUUACAAGCUGAGGGACAUGAGCAAAACUAGAAGCCACAGCACCUCCCAUUCCAUCAAGAAAAAAUUACCUCCACCAACUACAAAAUCAAAGAAGCCAAACCAAUCUCAACUAACACACUCCAAUUACCAAACUACAGACCCCAACAAAUCUGACAAAUUCUACAAUUCACCCACAAACCCAAAAGCAUCAGACACCCACUUUCCAGACCCACCCAGAAAAUCAUCACAGAGAAGAACAAGAAGAAAGACCAUUUACAAGCCAUCUCCUAUCAGCAGUCGCAUUUCUGAACCAACUCUGGCUCAGGGGUACUCCACGGAUAGUUCCUUUGAGCCAGAUCUCCUUGGUGCUCUCUCAUCCGAAUUCGAGUCCGAAACCACUGAUGCAGCAUAUCAGUCUUUCACUGGAAUGGCCUCGUGGUCUAACUCUUGCAGUUGUAAAUUCAGUUCUUCAGCCACUGACAUCGUCAUUGACAUGAAUGAGAAAUCAUACAGAAAAACAACUGACAAAAUAGAUGGGUUUGAUCCAAUUUCAGAGCUAGACCUCCCUCCAAUUCUGACAAAGCCAGCAAAAAUCAGUGCAGUGUUUGAAGAGACAAGUUCAUCUGAAUUGGAGGAGAUAAAAGCUCAAGGGUCAGUAGCGAUCAGAAUUGUCAAAGAAGAUAAAAUAAGGAACCAAAAAGAGACUAAAAUUAGUCCUCUGAUCAGAAAAUCUGUGUCAUACUCUUCUGGAGUGAAGCUCCGAGCCAACUCUCCCAAACUGGCAGGCAAUAAAAUUCAAGCUCAGGGAAGAAAAAGCGUGUCAACCCGACUCCGAUCGAAGUCGAAAAGGAAGAGCUUCUUGGAGAGCUUUGCAAUUGUGAAGUCUUCAUUUGAUCCUGAGAAAGAUUUCAGAGAGUCUAUGAUGGAGAUGAUUGUGGAGAAUAAUAUUCGUGCAUCCAAGGACUUGGAAGAGCUUCUUGCUUGCUAUCUUUCUUUGAAUUCUGGUGAAUAUCAUGAUCUCAUUGUCAAGGCGUUUGAGCAAAUCUGGUUCAACAUGCCUGACCUCCGCUUGUAAAUUACAUUCUAAUAACUCUUCAGUUUUUG